AAAUGGCCAGAUUUUUCAACAAGAAUAAUUGUGUGGCUGGGCCACAUGAAGAGGCAAGGAGAAGGAGAGAGGUUCGAAGAUACUUUGACCGAGCGGAUAAUAACAAGGAUGGAAAGCUGACUAAAGAGGAAUGGUUUAGAGUUCUGAAUAGCUCCGGAGUACCAACUACUAUGGAAGAAGUUGAGGAGUUUUUUGAGACUAUGGACAGAGAUUUCGACGGGAGAUUAUCUUUUGAGGAGUUUAUGGGAGAAGAGUCAACAAUAGAAAAGCUGUUCAAAUCAAUGGAUAAAAAUGGAGAUGGGGUGGUUACAAAAGAGGAGUUCAAUUCCAUCUGCAAAAAUCUGAGUUCUGACCAGGUUAAGAUGGCGUUCCAGAAGUUUGAUAAAACCGGAGAUGAUAAACUAGACUACAGGGAGUUUUGUCAGAUGAUAAAUAAGAAGCAAGAAGAACAAGGAGAAUAAAUUAUUUAUUCGUUAACCUGAAGGAGAUUGAAAUAUUUUGAAUACAUCUUCUAUUUCGUCCAAAACAUUU